UAUUAAACCAACCAUGUACUUGUCAAAUAUUUCAGCACUCUUCUUCUUCUUGUAUGUAUACCAUGCUUUUUCAAUGCUGGGCAUGUGUUCUUAGACAUUAAUAUCGUGCAACAGAAAGCAGAAAUUAAGGUUAGUUCAAAUUUAUAAGAAAUUGGCUGAAGCAAAGUAAGAAAAAAGAGAAGUAAUUAAAAAAAUCGCCAAUUAUGGAUGGCUCUGGAAAUAAUCGUUAUGAACUUUUGUUCAUGGACGAUGAUAUUAGUGAUCCAUUAGAUAAUAUUGCGAUCAAGUCUAAAAAACAGGUUAAAACUGCUGGUGGCAGUGGGGGUAGUGCACCCCUCGCAAAGUCAUCGAAUAAACAAAAUGUCGACAGUGUUCCAAGGACACAAUCGAGCAAGAAACCUAACCAAGCCGAGAAAGAGAAUAAGCCAUCAGCCCUGAACAAAAACGAGGUGAAUAAGAAAUCGACGGCGGGUACUGCUGCAGAUAGAACUAACAAGCAAGGAGGGCCAGUUGCCAAUGCAAAUCGGAAGCGCACUGGACCCGCUAGUGAUGGCGGUCAAGGUGGACAACAGCAACAGGGCACGAGAAACUUAAAUUUUAGACAGCAAAACGGCGAAACUCGCGAACAACGCAAUAAUCGACGCAAUGUCCGGGAAAAUGGAUUCACGGGUAAUUUUGGUAUGCAAAUUGAAGGUGGAUCAUCGCAGCAGCAACCACGCCAAUUUCGGGAACGAGAAAACCGUGGCCCACCACGUAACCGCAAUUUCGAAGGUGGUAACCGAGGCGGUAAGCGUGAAUUCGACCGACAAUCAGGCUCCGAUAAAACUGGUGUGAAAGCUAUUGACAAACGUGACGGUGCUGGAGCACAUAAUUGGGGAUCCGUAAAAGAAGCUAUCGACGAUGUUAAUAAGAGCGAUGUUGAAGCUGGCAAUGUCACUGAUAAGGCUGAAGAAUCCGGCAAUGAGCAGGCAGACCAGGCACCGGUCGAAGAAGAAACCAAAGAAUUGACGCUGGACGAAUGGAAGGCGCAAAAACAACAACGAGUAAAGCCAACUUUCAAUAUUCGCAAAGCUGGAGAAGGUGAAGACACAACUCAAUGGAAGAAAAUGGUAGUUCUAAACAACAAUAAGAAAAAGGACAAUGAAAGCGAAGAGGAACUUGAAUACGAUCCUGCCAUGUAUCCGCAGAGAGUUGGACGCCAACAACGUGUCCUCGACAUACAAUUUAAUUUCAAUGACGGGCGCCGUGGUCCUGGUUUUGGUGGACGUGGGCGUGGCCGCGGACCUCGUCCAGGAGCUGGCGUUCCCAACACCAACACCAACUUUAAUAAUGCUACUGAACGCCCAGUCGCUGGUGGACGUGGGGUUAUUACUGGCCGAGGCGGAAAACGCAAUUUUGGUUUCAGACAGCAAAAUAUUGCACCGAAAGUCAACGACGAACGUCAAUUCCCAACAUUGGCUUAAAAGUUCUGUACAUUUGACGCAGGCGCAUUAUCAAAAACAAAAAAAGAACUAUUUAAACGAAUGAAAAUAAACAAGCAAGUAAUAAAGGAAUCAAGAAUUACGAUUAGUUUGAAGCUUUCUCAAACUCAAAGACUAUAUAAAUAGUAAAAUAUAAAAAUACAAUUAAUGAAUUAUCACAAGCUAUUCUGUUUUCGUUACCAGUCUGUUGGAUUUAUACAUUGAAAUAUAAAUAUAUUAUCCUCUAACACUAAAUAACAGAUCAAAACGCCGCCCAAUAACAACAGCGUCAAAGCGUAUAAAUAAGGAACAUCAGAGGAAAUUGCUUUCAGAUGAAAGGGUUUAAACCAAUAACUUCAAGAGCCACACUAGCAUAGCCAAUGCAACAGCACUUGUGGUACAUAUUUAUAAAGUCUAGUACUCCCACUGCUAAAAUAAUGUGUAUAUUUUUGUUUUUCCUUAAAUUUAAAAUUUUGUUUAUUACAAAAUGAUACCGAAUGUGGGAGUCACUCACUUUCCAAUUAUUUCCAAAACUACUUCGAGUUUUGCAAAAUUAUAGCAGUUAAAAUUUAAAAAAUAAUAUGAAUAAACUAACAAUACACGAACUUCAUUAAGCAGUUCGUAUUGAACGAAAUUAGAAGCCAGCGAAAACUAUUUGAUGUCAUCACAUGAAUGAAA